CCCCAUUUCAUCAAGAAUCACAGUUUGGGAGCUAUAUUAUUCUUCGCUUCUCUUACCACUCUCUAGAUAGCUUCGAAGAGAGGCAGAGUGUUCAUCGUCGGCCUGGAAGAUAAUCCGAAAGCAUAACAAGUUUCUCUGCGUAAUUUCAGAGGUGCGGUCAUGGCUGAAGAGGAAAUCCAGAACGAGAUGAAGGAGGAGGUUGCAGAUAUUGCUCCAUUUGAUCCUACAAAAAAGAAAAAGAAGAAGAAGGUUGUUAUCCAGGAUCCUGCAGAUGAUUCUGUUGAUAGCUUGGCUGAGAAAACUGAAAGUUUGACAGUUUCAGAUGGUCUUGAGACAGCAUUUUCUGGCAAAAAGAAGAAGAAGAAGCCUGUACACACUGAUCUCUUGAAUGAUGAGGUGGAUAAUACAGGGGACGAUAUAGAUGAUCACUUCGGAGAUGAUGAAGAAGCUGAAGAAAUUGUUCUCCAUCGCUAUCCAUGGGAAGGAAGUGACAGGGAUUAUGAAUAUGAGGAGCUUCUAGGUCGUGUUUUCAAUAUCCUUCGUGAAAAUAAUCCCGAGCUUGCUGGAGACAGGCGUAGAACAGUAAUGAGGCCUCCUCAAGUCCUUCGUGAAGGCACAAAGAAGACUGUCUUUGUUAAUUUCAUGGAUCUUUGCAAGACGAUGCAUAGGCAGCCAGAGCACGUCAUGACUUUCUUGCUGGCUGAAAUGGGAACAAGUGGAUCCCUCGAUGGGCAGCAACGAUUGGUUGUCAAAGGAAGGUUUGCUCCAAAGAAUUUUGAAGGGAUUCUGCGGCGAUACGUCAAUGAGUAUGUGAUUUGUAAUGGCUGCAAAAGUCCGGAUACCAUUCUGUCAAAGGAGAACCGUCUUUUCUUCCUCAGAUGUGAGAAGUGUGGUUCUGGAAGAUCAGUUGCACCUAUCAAAGCUGGUUUUGUUGCCCGUGUUGGACGACGGAAAGCUGGAACUUAAGCUGAUUUGUAUUAUGCUUCGUCAAAAGAUGUUGCUCAGUACUUGAUAUCGAAGCUUGUGCAAAAUUCUUCUCUUUCAUAGUAUACUCUCUCGAGUUAAAUCUGUUUGAAAAUUGAAACUGAAUGUAGCUCCACUGACGUUACGAAUGUUUGUGAAAUUUUGAAUUAAUUCGCUUGUGAAAUAAUGUGGUGCUAUUUUUGUUUGCUUUU